AUGUUAACAGAAUUCUUUUACAUGAAUUCUACUGAUUCUCUAGCUCAGAACCUCAAAUGCACUUACAAAGAGUUUCCUGAACAUUUUGUCUGGUAUCCAGGAAGGAGAAGAUGGGAGCCAAGAAAACAGAAAGAUUCUAUAGGCAGGAUAGUGAUAGCAAGUCCAAUGGAAGGAGAACGAUACUUCCUCAGAUUGCUUCUUACACAUGUCAACAAUCCAACUUCAUUUGAUGAUUUGAGAACAAUAAAUGGAGCAUAUGUACAUACUUUUCGCGAGACAUCAAUUCUAAGAGGUUACUUUGAGUCUGAUAAGUCACAAGAACAAUGUCUCAAAGAAGCAAGUUUGUAUCAGAUGCCAUAUAAUUUAAGUAGAUUAUUUGCGACUCUGCUUGUUCAUUUUCCUCAUUCAAAUCCAAGGUAUCUUUGGGAGCAAUUUGAGAAGCCAUUAUCCGAAGAUAUCAGCAGAAUUUCACAAAUAUCAGUUGGUCAGAUUCGUUUGCAGGUAUUAUGCCAAAUAAAUGAGUUUCUGCAAUCAAUGGAAAAAGACAUUAAUCAAUAUGCUUUAGUUCCAAAUACCAUGUAUUUUGAUAGCUUGAACAAAAAUACUAGUGAUACAAUAGCUGAAACAAGAAUCUCUGUACCAGAGCAUGACCUAUUAGCAAUUAAACAACUAAAUACUGAUCAGAAAAAAGCUUUUGACAUUAUCAUGAAUGCAGUUUUUGUUCACAAGAAAGGAACCUUCUUCAUUGAUGGACCAGGUGGAAUAGGAAAAACAUUCUUGUAUCGAGCACUACUAGCAGAGAUCAGGUCAAAAGGAUACAUAGCUCUUGCUACAACAUCCUGUGGAGUUGCGGCUUCGAUUCUGCCAGGUGGAAGGACAGCUCACUCAAGAUUCAAGAUACCAAUUGGUGGAACAGCAGAUAAGCAAUGUAGAGUUAGUAAAUAA